AUGGCAGAAGAGGCUCCAAGACGGAGCGCCAGACGGAAUUUUGGACAAAGGCCGUCCAGAUUCCUCUCCGACCAGGAAUCUGUUCGGAGCCGACGCAAGGCGAAGACGCCCGCACAGUCGGCCAGCGAGUACGAUCACAGCAGCCUAGAGAGCUGCAGGAGGGCCGCGAUCGAACGACGAGAACAAGAGAUGGAGCUGGAAGCAGCUGAACGGAUCGCGGAGUUGAAACGCCAGGAACUGGCCCUUGAGAUCGAGCUUGCCAACAAGAGGCUAGCCGUGGAGCGAGCCAGGGCAGCAGAACAACGUGAAAGUUUGACCGGCGCUACUAGUACUGAGUAUGAGGAACCGCACGUAGAAUUUGCAGUUUCUGCAUCUGGCAACGCGGAGAUCCAUGCUCAGUCGGCGGAUGGAGAGCAGUCCUCCUCCGACGAGUUCAGUGGCGGUGAGGCGACUGGGCUUGGUGGCAGUUUGCCUGGGGUCCGGAGUCGUAGACCUUUGGCAUCGGCACGGAUCCGUUCCCCGAACAGCGCCCUGAGCACGGUUCGAUCCGACGGAGAGAUCCUGCCACCAACGAGGAGCAGGGCCAGACAGUACAGGAGCGACGCAGACGCAUCAGUCACGGUUUCUGGUGUUUUCAGCACACGCGCUCCUGACUCCAGAGUGAAUGCAAGUGACAGGUCAGUGUUGCAGCAGAACACUCAAGUGCAGCCUCUGAGUCUGACUGGUGUGAGUGCUAGUGGGACAGUCCAGCCCUGUUUGGCAGCUACUAGUACUACUACUAGCCAGAGUGUACAUGUAGCAGCAAGCAGUGGUACUAGCCAUGUGACAACAGCACAUAGUAGUAUGAACCAAAGACCAGCCCAUAGGCACAGAGCUAGCCUAUUGCGUUACAACUCACCUGCUGCGAGCAACCAGCCUACUCCCACAGCCACCUCUGCACAGGCCCAGCCCAGCAAUGACAGACCAGUGCCAGCACCAAGAGUAAGGAAGAGUGCCAAGCAAACAGCUGACAAGAGUGCAUUGAGCCAUGCUGCAGCAGAGUUUGUGCCGUUGGCACCUGCACCACAGCAAGCGAAUAUGUUACCUGGUGGCGGCACGAACUGGCCGGAUGCGUUCUACCAGCUUUGCCUGGGCAGGUCCCUGAAGCCGCUCGACUUGCCGAAGUUUGACGGUCAGAGACCGUCGUACCUAAAGUGGAAACAGCGAUUCCUCCACUUGGUCCAUGAGAACCCGCUCAUGUCUGAGGACUACAAGCUGGCUCACCUUCGGGAGGCAUUAGCCGGCGGUUCUGCAGCAGACCUAAUUGCAGACGUGCUGGAUGGUCCAGGCGCCUACACUGCCAUCAUGGAGGAGCUGGAUCGAUGGUUUGGUGGGUGA